GGCAAGCCACCUGCCUGAUGUUGGUCGCUGUGUUGUUGCUGCAUGACAGAGUCAGCCAUCGCAGCAGGGCCACGUAUUCCGGGGCAGAUGUGUCCAUGUCUUGGGGAGGGCAUCCGUCACCGUGAUUUUCCGACCCCCCACAGAUCAUGUCCUGGUGCAGAGGCGGCGCCCCACAGAUCGUGUCCUGGUGCAGAGGCGGCCGUGACUGGUGGGCAUUUUGGUGAGCGACCUGUUGCUGCCAAUACAUGUGCAACUGCUCUUGUUGCCGUUGCAGCACUUGUUGUUGCUGGCAGCAUAGUUGCUGCUGCCAUUGCAAAUGCAUUUGCUGAAGAAGUUGUUGCUGAUGGAUCAGCCUCUGCUGGUAUUGCUGUUGGUGGUAUUGCGCCAGUUGGGCUUGCAGCAGAAUGUGGAGUUGCUCCUCACAUUGGCUGUUCUGCUGCUGUUGGAGUUCCUGGGUCUGCCGCUGUGCUUGACUCAUCAACUGCAACUGGACAUGGUGAUGAUGUUGGUGAUAUUGCUGCCGCAAUUGUUGGUGACGUUGUUGUUGCAGUUGUUGGUGCACUUGUAGCUGCUGUUGCUGUUGGAGGCCUUGGAGCAGAGCAGUUUGGUGGUGAACGGGAUCAGGUGGUUGCUGCUGCUGCUGCUGCUGCUGGUGCAGAAGCACUUGCCCGUCUGGUUGUGCACCCAGGUGUUCAUGACUCACCUCCAUGCGCUGCGGCAGGUCAGCAGGGUCAUAUUGCUGCUGUUCUCCCGCGGUGGAUGCCUAUUGUCGGUCGCAAUGUAGGUGGUUCAGACUCUGGUGUUGUAUGGUGGCCGGGUAGUGCUGUUGUUGCUGGUGCGACUGGGGUUGCUCCCGUGGCUUCACCGGAGUGAGCUGCUGAUCCUGGCAUGGGACCCCUAAUUCAUGGCCGAG